AUGGCCAAGAAGAAGUUCUACGCGGUGUCCGCCGGAAGGAAGAUUGGUAUAUUCGAGACAUGGGAUGCUUGCAAGGCACAGGUGAAUGGUUACAAGAAUGCCAAAUUCAAAGGAUUCUCGACACUCGAAGAGGCACAAGCGUUUAUUGGCGUCUUUAAAGAGUCCAACUCUCAAAACGAGCCAAAAAGCUCCGCAAAAGCUUCGGUGAAAAAUCCACCGAAACGACCGAUCCAAUCGGAAGAGAAUUCUGUUGUGACUGCUGAUGUCCGUACUUCUUCGAGCUACGAUGUUCCUUUACCAGCGGAAAAGCGACGCAGAAUAGAAGAACACGAGAAGUCUGAUGCUGGUGAUAUUCCCAGUAUUUGGUCGGUUCUCUUGAGCUUUGAUGGGGGAAGUCGAGGAAAUCCUGGGGUUGCUGGAUCGGGGGCGGAGGUCGUUGUGGUGGAGCGCACGACGAAUGGUAUCCAAAAGGUCCGCACUAAAAUUCACGUCCGCAAAUUCCUUGGAAAAUCGGGUUUUACCAAUAACAUGGCGGAAUGGCAAGGGGUUCUGGUUGGAUUGGAGCAGCUUGUGGAGCAUGUGGAAAGAUUCCGAGUCAAGACGGAGAACCUCAAGCCAAGGCUCAAGGUGGUUAUCCAAGGGGACUCUCAGCUUGUGGUGCGGCAACUCCAAGGCGUAUACAAAUGUAACCACCCGCACUUGAAGCCGUAUAAAAAGCAGGCUGAUAAUGUGCUGGUUAAACUCAAGAAAAUGGCUCAUGUUCCCAUGAUAACCUAUGAGCAUGUGUACCGCAACGAUAACAAGGUUGCCGAUGGUUUGGCCAACGAAGCCAUGGAUGCCCAGAAGAGUUGGGCAACUCGCACCGAGGAUGUUGAAAGUGACGAUGAAGAGGAGGGAGACACUAAAAAGAAAACCAAAGAGUUUGCGGAUGUCUAG